UCCCCCCCACCCGCCGUGUGAACUCACAAAAGAAGGAAACCGAGCUGCACAAGGGCUUCCUCCGUGCACGCAGUCUGCCGCUUCCUCGGGUUGACCUCCCCGCAGCACUGCAGCGCGCCUGGAGCUCCAGCGGACUAAAGAGGAGGAGUUGGUUCGAUAAGGGGGAGGUUAGAAAGAAAAAGGAGGCGGAAACCGAAACUACACAACCGAGGGUGAAGCAGAGCGAGGCAGAGAGAGAGAAGAGGACCAGUGAGUGAUACAGAUGUUCAGAGCCAGACGGCCGUUUUAAAGAUGGAUUUAAAUGCGCUUCAAGCUCUGGAGAGAGAAAGCGUCCUGGAUGUUCUUCGGAGGGACAAACAGCUGCGCGCUAUUGAAGAGGCCAGGAUAAGGAGGAUGAAGAGCGAGCUCCAGGAGCUUCGACGGCGAGGAGCCAAGAGUUUCAGCCGGCAGUACGGCGAGCGGACUUGCGCCCGCUGCCAGAGGCCCCUGGGAAAGUUCUGGAACUCGGGCGCAGUCUGCGACGGCUGCAGCCACCGCAUCUGCAGAAAGUGUCGCGUGGGCGUGGGAGCGACGGGCUGGAAGUGCACGGUCUGCCACGCCUACAGGGACGUGAAGUUCAGGUCUGGAGAGUGGUUCUUGGAGCAGAGGGCGAAGAAAUUUCCAGUCACCACAGACAAAUAUGAGAUGGUUGGGGAGAAAAUAUUGAAGCGCUACAACGUGCUGAGUCAUAUAUCAAUUGUGCCUCCCACUCCUCCCCCUUACAUGGAUAUGCAGUUUCCCAGCAGAUCCGGGGAUCUGAAAAACUCAAAACCUUUUACCAAAUCCAUGGAAGAUUUGAUGGUGUCCUUCACCAGUCACAUUAGAAAGAUCUCCACUUCUCAGAGCGACGUGCGAGGAGACCUGCUGAGAGUUGGUGACAACCGCAGAGAGUCGGCCUUCAACUACACCACCCAAAAGAGCCUCUCCGACACGGACAUCAGCAAAUCUCGCAAUCUCUUUAAAGGACCCAGUCUCCCAAACCUGUUCAAGAAAAGCAAAGACGGUGACCAGGAAGGCUCCUCAACCAGGGCGGAAGAAGAGACCUCCUGCGGUUCUGGGUAUUCUGGAGGAAAUAGAGGCGGCAGCAGCAGCAGCAGCAGCAUCAACGCAGACUUCGGGCUCUUUGAGGGCAUCAGCACGGCAGGAGAGCUGGAACUGGCUCUGGCCUUCAACACAGACACCUCUUGCCUGGAGAUCACCGUCGGGGCCUGCAGGAACCUCCCCUACGGGGACACCCGGAGGAAGAAGUGUCAUCCAUACGUCAAACUCUACAUGCUGCCGGGAAACGGCGGUAAAAUGAAGACCACGUGCAAGAAAAACACGACUCAUCCGGUUUUUAAUGAAGUUUUAAAGCACCACAUAGAGCGCCACCUGUUGUUUGGCAAGAGACUGCAGGUGUCCGUGUGGCAUUCCGGACCCCUGAAAAGGAAAGUGUCUCUCGGAGAAGUCCUUGUCCCCCUGGACGGAUGGAGAUUCGAGGACACGGACUCCCAGCUCUUUAACUGGUACCCACUUUGUCCAAAGGCGGAGAGUCUUGAUGGAGGCUCGAUGGAGCGAGAUGACGGAGAUCUGCUGGUCGGAGACCAUUUCAGCUCCAACAACCAGGGUGUUCAUCCCGACGACGCCCCAUUGUGAGUGUGAGACGGCGGUGUGAACCCAGCGCUGCGGCCCCCCUGAGGAGGGCCUCAGACAGACCUCGGCAACCUCAUCUAUGUCACUAUCGCUCGUUAGGCACAUUCCCACAACCUUUUUCAAUCGGUUAAUGAAUAGUUUGCUGAUGAAGGCGCUGACAUGUGGCUGGACGCAGUGGGGAAAAUGGAGCGAGUGGAUCUCUGAGUUGAGAACUUUUUCUUAGACUUCAUCAGCCCCCGAUCACAGCUGUGGGAAAACGCGUAUCCAUAAGAGGGGUUGAAGGUGCGAUCAACUGAGGCUACAAAUAUAUUUGACAUCCAAUUUCUCCUCAGGGCAAUGUUCUUUUAGAGGAGUCAAGCGGCAAAUGAAAUCCCUCAAAGACACUGGGAUGUGUCUCACAAAGGGAGCCAGUUCACAGGAAGUGGUUUCACAGCUUUUCCUUCUUUACAGUGAAGCCUUUCUUGCCUCAGCGAAGGACAUGCUCGGUCUCUGGUUUCGAAAAAAGCAGCGGUGGUGUCAUUGACCUGGAACCCUGUUAACCUCCAUCUCCACUCCAUCAGGGUCACCGUGGGCGCUGGUGUUUAACUCGCCAACAGGUGUUUCAACCCAGCAUCAGCGUCAGAACAUGACACAACAUUCAUUUCACACAUAAUUUUAUAUUUAUUUAACAGUAUUUAAGUCAAACUUUAUGAUCCCUCUUCUUAAACUAACAAAGUGGUUACAAUUAUGCACACUUUUACUUUAUGUAUUUCUUUGCAAUAAAACAAGGAAUAGUUUUUUGUCAUGCUCAGAGAAUGUUGUCUUUGUGUGUAUAAUGUUGACCAUCUUAGUUUAGUGUUAGCGUGCUUAAAUGUGGAUAUGUGCAAACCUUGAAUGUGACAUGAAAUGCUUGUAUUAUAUUUUAAAUAAAUUAACUUUUCUGAAACCA